AUGUCCUCUUUCAUCACGCGGACUCAAGACUCACGGUUCCUCAUGCUAGUGUGCUUCACGAUCGCAGCUUCAGCAGCAGUGGGCCAUCAUUGCUUCUAUGAAAGUCUGCGUGGGCAGCGAGUCGACCAACAGACCUACAACCAGAAUCAGAAUAUCUACAUCGGCACAGCCCUCACAACGCUCACCAAGAUAUCUCUCUCCGCCGCCGUAGCAUUGGCAUACUCUCAAAUCCUUUGGAAACGGCUGCUAGGCCAGAAGCUGCGCGUCUCUCACAUCGAUUCACUCACCUGUCUGGUAACGAUGCCAUCUGCUCUUGACGACUGGAGGCUACUGCGCGAAUUUCCUCUCCUAGUCACAUUGGCUGUAGCCGCAUGGUGCCUAUCCAUCAUCACUGUUUUUCCUCCUGGAACAUUAUCAGUCGUCUCGGCUCUGGCAAACUCCAGUUCAUCCGCUUCAGUCCCCAGUAUGGACUUUAAUCUUGCUCUCAUCUCAGGCAACUACAGUCGCAGCGUGGGUUUCAGCGGAGUAAAUCUGGAGCCUGGCCAAACCACAAAUCUCACCUUUUCAGCAGAGCUGAGAGGCUCUGCUGGAGCUUUGGGUAUUGUKACCGCCUCUACAGGCGCUAUCCCCCGAAUACAGACAGCCGAAAUCAAUUCUACGUACAGCACGACGUUCUCCGGACCCAUCUUGGAGUGUUCCACCAAGCAAGUCAAAACGCACCACGUGUACUGCGCUCGCGCUGAAAUGUCGUUCAUCUCAUACCUGUCUUUUGCUCAGGAUGGCGGUCCGGAGUUCCACGACUUCUUCGAUCUCAAUGCAUCCCUUCCAUUGGAAACGUCCAGCGAAGGCUAUACCGUUGCGUGCGAUUCAAUAGCGAGCUUUCGAACGUCAAUGUUCGGCGUACAACCACCGCAACUUUUUGUAGUCGCUCGCACUUCAAUUUCGGACUCCGCUCCAGACUCCGAUGACCCUCGACAAGAAUGGACGGCUACAUCCUGUCAGCUUCGCAACUCUACGUACGAAGUUACCGUCCGUACUUUAGAGAAUGAUCAGAUGAUAGACGUCAAGACCAGCGACACAUCUGACCUCGGACUGGCGACCGAAUACAUCCCAAUGCCCGAUGGCCCAGGGUCUCCAGUUGUGAAUGAGCCGUCAGGCAAUAGGAUCUACAAUUGCUUCGCGAUGAUGGCGAUGAUAGGCCAGACAGUCGUUGGUACCGUCAACGGUGCAAGCGAGGCAACGAAUGAGGUGUACACCGAUGGAGGUGCGAUGGACAACACUCCUGUUCCUUUUCCUGGAAUCUUCAGUACCAGGCUCAGUACUUCUCCAGAACUUCGGGCUUUUGCGAAGCAUGAGGAUUCACCGCGGGUCCACGACACUCCUUUUGCCUCUGCGCGCGACGGUCCUCCGCUGGCUCGACAGCUGGAAGAACUCUUCCGGAACAUGACAGUAGCAAUGAUGAGCAAUCCCGCGACCUCAUCGAAUGUAACUGUGCCAGUUCUGCACUGGAGCGCAGUCAACGUCUACAAGUAUACUGCGUGGCAUCUUUGGCUAGCGUAUGGUAUUGGACUUCUCGCGACAGCGUCGAUCUUGUUUCUGGGAUUUGCUGCGAUUGCCGCCAACUCCGCGCCAUAUAGCACGAGAUUCUCCACGUACCUCCGGACUGCUCCAUGGUUACGGAUUGAGGAGAUUCUGGGUGACAAUAUGGAUUCGGGAGCAGAUCCUCUUCCCAGAGGCGCAGCAAAAGCAAUGGUAAUGCUUGGGGCAGGCUCUGCGGCUUCGGGAGUGGAAGUGCUGGCGACAAAGGAGGCCUCAGGCGAGCAUUUGGUCAAGCGCUCAGAGAGCAUCGAUUGA